CAAUGGCGGACGUGGCCGCCGCUGGUUGCAUUUCACGCCCCACGUCGCUGUUCGUUACGUAAGUUUUGCGUUUAGUGGUGGCUGACCAGGUUACCAGAUCAGUCCAUCUCCGACGACGCGACAUGUGAUGAGCACGUGACUGUUAUCUUUAUCUACCCUUCUUCGCCCCCCUCGCUCGCCCUCAGCUUACGAACCGUUUCCCGUGAGGUACAGAGGGGGAGUAUAAUAAAAUGACGCAAAAGGCCUCCUCGCUGGCGAGUGGCGGCCGUUCUUUAACUUCGCCGCCGCUCCCGUGGACGACGCGGCUCUACAUCGCUCUGCUCUCCGUCGUCACCGACGGCGCUCGCCGCUCAAACGGCACCAUCAAUCGCCGCCUCCUUUCCUUCUUCGACGCCCGCUCCUCCGCCUCCGCCAAGCCCCGCCACGGCGUCCGCACGGCCGACGUCCCCGUCGAUCCCUCCCGUGACCUCUGGUUCCGCCUCUUCGUCCCCAGUUCUGCGUCGUCCGGCCGGAUUCCCGUCAUCGUCUACUUCCACGGCGGCGGGUUCGCCUACCUCUCCCCCGCCUCCCGCGCCUACGACGCUUUCUGCCGCCGGAUCUGCCGCAAGAUCAACGCCCUCGUCGUCUCCGUCAACUACCGCCUCGCCCCGGAGCACCGCUACCCGGCGCCGUACGAGGAUGCGGUCGACGUGCUUCGAUUCCUGGACGACGGAGGCCUCGCCUCCGCCGACCCUACCGCCGCCGGCCUCGCCGACCUCUCCCGCUGCUUCCUGGCCGGCGACUCCGCGGGCGGGAACAUGGUCCACCACGUGGCCCGGCGCUGGGCCGCGGACGCCGCGGGGGGAUGGAAAAACCUUCGGCUGGCGGGGAUGGUGCUGAUCCAGCCGUUUUUCGGCGGGGAGGAGCGGACGGAGUCGGAGAAUCGGCUGGUGGGGGCGCCGCUGGUGUCGGUGGACCGGACGGACUGGCUGUGGCGGGCGUUCCUGCCGGAGGGGGCGGACCGGGACCACGAGGCGGCGAACGUGUUCGGGCCGCGGGCUGAUGGCGAGCUGGAGGCGGCGCUGCCGGAGGCGAUGGUGGUGGUGGGGGGCUUCGACCCGCUGCAGGACUGGCAACGGCGGUACUACGAGUGCAUGACAGCAAGGGGGAAGGCGGUGCGGCUGCUGGAGUACCCCGACGCCAUCCACGCCUUCUACGUCUUCCCCGAGCUGAAGCUGUCGGCGGCUUUCAUCGACGAGCUCAAAGCCUUCAUCAAGUAGCAGUCGUGGGUGAAAUAGUAACCGGAAAGCGGUAAUGAAUGUAACGUGUUAGUGGUUGUGGUUGUGGUUGUGAGGAAGAAGACUGAGAUGGCAAUUCUGAGUGACGGUCAAUAUUGUGGUUUAGGUGUGUAAUUUUUGCGUGUAAUGUGAGCAACUUUCUUUA